GGGGGGGCGGCGGGCAUGUGGGACCGGCUGCGGGGCAGUCGGGCGGCGGGCGGCGGCCGGAGCGCGGCCGCGAUGGCGCAGCGCGGAGAGAAGGGGCCGGCGGCGGCGGGGGAAGGCGAGCCGCGGACCGGGACCGCGGCCGGGACCGGGGCCGGGGCCGGGACCGGCACCGGGGCCGAGCGGGGAGCGAGCGGAGCCGCCGCGCCUUUCCAGCCCCCCGAAGGCGGCUUCGGUUGGGUGGUGGUCUUCGCCGCCGCCUGGUGCAACGGCUCCAUCUUCGGCAUCCACAACUCCUUCGGGAUCCUCUACAUGAUGCUGCAGAGCGACCUGGGAGAGGGGGAGAAGGACCCCGCGUUGGAGUUCAAAACAGCAUGGGUCGGCUCCUUGGCCAUGGGCAUGAUUUUUUUCUGCUCUCCCAUCGUCAGCAUCUUCACCGACCGGAUUGGGUGCAGGACCACGGCAGCCUCGGGAGCUGCCAUCGCCUUCAUCGGACUCCUCUCCAGCUCCUUCACCAAGUCUCUGGAAGUUCGUUAUUUCACGUAUGGGAUCCUCUUUGGCUGCGGCAGCUCCUUCGCCUUCCAGCCCUCGCUGGUCAUCCUUGGUCACUACUUCAAGCGCCGCCUUGGCUUGGCCAACGGCAUCGUGGCCGGCGGCAGCUGCCUCAUCUCCGUGCCGCUCCCCUUCUUCCUGAAGAUGGUUGGGAAAGCUAUUGGGCUGGCACAUACUUUCCAAGUACUCAGUGCCUUAAUGCUCAUCCAGAUAUUCUUGUCCCUGACCUAUCGGCCCAUCUUGCCAGCUUCUUGUGACUCUCAGCAAGAUGGGCAGGACAAGUUGGGCAGCCGGAGCAUGCGGCAGCAGUGCUGGUCCCAGACGCGCAAGUAUUUCAACUUGAGGGUUUUCCGGAGAAAGACCUAUCGGAUUUGGGCUUUUGGGAUCGCUACUGCUGUCCUGGGAUACCUCGUACCUUACAUGAACCUGGUAAAAUACGUGGAGAAGCGAUUUCAAGAAACCAAAAAGGACUGGAUCCUCCUGGUUUGCCUCGGAGCCAUGUCAGGGCUGGGGCGCUUGGUUUCAGGCCGCAUUGGUGAUUGCAUUCCCGGGCUGAAGAAGAUUUACCUGCAGGUUGUGUCCUUUGUGCUGUUGGGCAUCCUGUGCAUGAUGAUCCCCCAGUGCCGAGGGUUCGAGGGCGUCAUCGUCAUCUGCCUCUUCCUCGGCCUUUGCGAUGGCUUCUUCACCACCAUCAUGGCCCCCAUCGCCUUCGAGCUGGUGGGGCCCAUGCAGGCGUCCCAGGCCAUAGGGUACCUCAUGGGGCUGAUGGCUGUGCCCAUGACGGCGGGUACGCCGAUAGCAGGAUACCUCAAUGACUAUUUUGAGAAUUACGAUGCAGCCUUUUAUUUUGCCGGAGUCCCCCCCAUCAUCGGCGGCGUGGUGCUCGCCGUCGUCCCUCUGGUCCAUCAGAGGAUGCUGAAGAAGCAGCGACUGGAUUCUGGCAAAGACAAGAUGCUGGUGUCGGAGGCGGUGGUGAACGGGGAGCUGCUGCCGGGCUGUCCUGCCUCCGAAGCACACAUGUAACGCCUCCGCUCGCCGACACUCGCUGUCGCCACCAGCAGCCUCUCCAUAGCCCAAGCACAGGCCCUUUUCUAGAUGGACCGUUAAUUCUCAAUGAUCGCAGAUGCACUAUGUUUGUAAAGGAAAAAAAAACCCACAAAAAGUUCUUCUAGUUAAAGGCUUUUAACUAGCAGAAACGCUCUUUUUUGGGACGGUUUUGAUUUUUUGAUUUCAAAGCCACCUUUGUUUUCUUCCCCCCUCUAACCAUUUUUCUAAGGAGAACUCUCACCAGGAUUCAAACUUGAUCGAUCUCCCGCUCCUCGCCCCAGUUUUCUAUACGUCACGGCAGAGGUUUACAGCUAAUAAAUGCCUUUUUAAAGCAGGCCACAGAUGGAGCUUGUUGAACCUUGCAGCUGUCCAUCCUUCUCCUCUGGCGUCGCGUCCAAGCGAGACAGCCCCUUCCCGUCCAGCACCAGAGGCUGAUUUGGAGCCAGCAGAUCUGAAGGAGGAAACGCUGCUUCGGUCCGAUGCACAAACCAAAUAAAUGGUCGGCGAGUCCCGCUUUAAUCUUCUCCUCUCCUCCUUUUUCGCUGCUCUCCCACACACCCAGGGAGCUGCAGCUGGGACGAUGGGGAGCUCGGCCAGCUCCGGUCCUGCCGCCCUCGUGGAACAGAGCCGCGCGGGAGCACCCCCUUCCUGCAAAAUAUGCCUUAAAAACGCACGGACGAGACCAGCAGGUCCCUCAGCCGCUUUCCGCCUCUGUUUUCUCACCCAGCGACUAACGAUCGGGCUUUCGAGGUGCAAAAGAGAGGGGCAGCUCCCAGCGCAGCCCACAGCGGCUGGCUCUGCAAGGCGAAAAACCGCGGGCAAGCCGCCGAGACGGGGACUUCGGAGGUGCCGAGGCACGCAGGGUCGGGACAGAGCCCCACGUGUCACGGGUUCGCUCCGUGCCGGGAGGUCGCUUCCCUGCGCCCAGGGAUGCAGGGAUGCGGCCGGCUCGGGGCACGGGGGCACCCGUGGAUGCGGGGAUGCAGCCGGCUCGGGGCGCAGGGUGCCACCGCUCUUUUUUUUUGGGGCCGGCUGUGUAUUAUGCAGCAAUAACCAUAAGUCAGUAUUGGCAGGGGAAGCUCGGUGUUUCCAAAGGGUUUAAAAGCCCUGGCAGCGUUUAACUCGUAGCCCGUGCGUUGCUGUGCAGAGCCGGUGCGGGGUCAGUGCCGUCCCCGGGGGGAGAGGGAGAGAGCUCAAGAAAAUAGUACAGCCCAUGGGUACCCACCACACAGAGCAAAGGCAGAGCUCAGCCUUGCGUAGAAAUUCAUCAUCUCCAGGCAUCGCUAAUGAGCGUGGUACAGAGCAAGGGAAGUCCUCCUGCCCCGGUGGGUCCCCAUAUGAACGAGGUGCCGGCUGGGACCGGGGUACCUUUUCCUGGGAAUAAUAAUCCCAGGAGAGAGCAAGAAACAAAGCUCCCAUUUAUCCUGGCUGCAAAACCAUCCUUCGUUGGAUUUUCAUUUUAUUCACUUGCCAUUAAAAAAAAAAUGAGAAGCCUAAAGAGGGACGUGUGCCAUGGGAAUCAUCCCUCGGUCCCCGGGCCAGUGUGGGGGUUUGUAACACCAAGACAAAUCCUUGCUGUGGAAACUUGGUUUCAGUGGAGGACCCCUCCCGCGGGCAGCGGCGGGACCUUUGUAUAUAGGCUCAGGAUCCUGCAUGCCCCUCUGGCCCUGUUUUUAAUCCACGUUGGCUAAUGCAUUAUAAGGUCUUGUGGUCUUGUAGCCCUUCUGUCCCUGUACGAGCUGAAAAAUUAUCUGGUGUGUUGUGACAUGUCUGUUUAUGACUAUAAAACGAGAUGUCCGUUUGUCUCUUUCUUCGA